AGCAAGCCUCGAAGCGGUGCUUCGAUCUCCAGCGCUUCGAAAGCUCGACACAGUGUCGAAACCUGAGUAUCGAGCGUCCCAUCACUACUUAUGAGCGCUUUUUGGGCGGUUGUCAGCAGUGCCCCUGUGUUAUAUCACGUGCUCUGCCGCUGAAACAACGAAAAACUUGAGCGACACGGCUGGAGACAGCGGACUAAUCGAAAGGUCGCCAUCAUGUCCCUCUUGCAGACUGCUCUCCAUUAUACCAGCAAUGGACUCCUGCUGCUGCUCGUCCUGCUCCUGGCCGCCUUCGGGUUCUACUGCCUUUACGUCAAAUACAUUCACUUGACGUUCGACCACAUCCCGGGACCCCCCCGAGACAGUUUUUUACUGGGACAUUUCAUAAAGUAUAUGAAAGCAGCAGAUGAUAAUCAAGUCAGCCAUGAACUAUUUCGCAAAUGGGCUGAAGCAUAUGGGCCAGUUGUACGACUGAAUAUACUACACCAGGUGUUUCUGAUUGUGACCAGUCCAGAGGCAGUUAAGGAGCUUCUGAUGUCACCGAAGUAUACAAAGGACCCAUACGGUUACAAGCUUCUGUUUUCUUUGUUCGGACAGAGAUUUUUUGGACUUGGACUUGUGACUGACAUAAACCAUGAUCGCUGGUACCAUCAGCGUAGAAUUAUGGAUCCAGCUUUCAGCCGAACGUACCUGAAGGACCUAAUGCAUAUUUUCAAUGACAAAUCGGAAAGAAUGAUGGAAAAACUGGAGGAAGUAUCAGAUGGAAAAACUCCUGUUCACAUGGCACAUUUGAUCAAUUGUGUUACUCUUGACGUAAUUUGUACUGUAGCAUUUGGCAUGAAUUUGAAUUUAAUGGAUGAUGCGAAGAUUCCUUUCACGAAGGUCAUUGAUACCUGUCUCAAAGGAAUGUCAAAGUACGUUCGUAAUCCUUAUAUGCAGUAUUUACCCUGGCACAGGAAGUAUGUGAAAGAAGUAGAAAAUGCAGCUCUCUUGUUACGCAAAAUUGGAAAGGAGUGUAUUGAAAAAAGAAAAGCAGCUAUCCUUCGUGGAGAAGAGGUUCCACAAGAUAUUCUAACCAAAAUUCUGAAGACUGCUGAACAAGAAGAACAAGUUGAUGACGAAAUAAUGACUGACAAUUUUGUUACCUUUUUCGUUGGUGAUCAUCUUCCUCCAUUCACCUGAUGUCCCUCUCGCCCAUCUAACCUUCCUGAGGAGCGGAGCAUUCAGCCGUUCUGCUCCCAAGCUCUGGAACUCACUACCUACUGAGCUUAGAAAUAUCAAAUU